AGCCGCCGCAGCCGCUCGCCGCUGGAAGCCCUGGCGCGCGGCCAGCGAUGCCGAAGUGAGGUCGCAACCAGCUGCUCGCCCAGCAGGCCGCCCGCCUGCUGGCCAUGGGGCAGACACUGGGUGCUCCAGUCACAAUCAAGGAUUGCGGCGACGGCUACGACGAGAAGAAGAGCAUCGCCUGGGGGUUCAGCUGCAUGCAGGGCUGGCGCCCGACGAUGGAGGCCACGCCAGCGCCAAUGCCAGAUCGAUUCGCACUCUGCCACAGCAAGGGGGAUGCAAGGCAGGUGCACUUACCCCACACCUCAUCCCCUGGACGUGCAAAGAGGGGCUGCAGCGGAUGCUAUGCCGCAGUGGGAGGCUGGGGUAGGUGUACCUUCUUUUGCUCCCCAGCGAAGCGAGGGUCGAUUAGAUAUUGGCGCCGGCGCUCUGGCAUGGUGCAGGACGCGCACUUUGCCCUCGGCAGCCUCGAGGGCGAGUGGACCGACACUGCCGCCUUUGGGGUGAUGGACGGGCACGGGGGCACGCAGGUGGCCCUCUUCUGCCAGCGCCACCUCCCCGCCGAGAUCUCCAGGGGCGCGAGCCGGGACCCGCACAGCGCCCUCAUCGCCGCCUUCCACAAGAUGGACGACAUGCUGUGGGAGACGGGCGAGACGGAUCUGCAGGCGUUCACGGACGCCUCCGCGAGUCGGCCCGGCGGCCGGGGCGGUCGCAGCGCGGACCCGAAGUGGAUGGGGUGCACGGCGGUCGUCUGUCUGGUCCGCCCCAG